CCAUGGAGCUGCUGUUCGGGCGCCGGAAGACGCCGGAGGAGCUGCUGCGCCAGAACCAACGAGCUCUGGCCAGAGCCACCCGGGACCUGGAUCGGGAACGAGCCAAACUGGAGGCUCAGGAGAAGAAAAUCAUCCUGGAUAUCAAGAAGAUGGCGAAGCAGGGACAGAUGGAUGCCGUGCGGAUCAUGGCCAAGGACCUGGUUCGCACCCGGCGCUAUGUGAACAAGUUCAUCACCAUGAGAGCCAAUGUCCAGGCCGUGGCCCUCAAGAUCCAGACCCUCAAGUCCAACAACUCCAUGGCCCAGGCCAUGAAGGGAGUCACCAAAGCCAUGGCCACCAUGAACCGGCAGCUGAAGCUGCCCCAGAUCCAGAAGAUCAUGAUGGACUUCGAGAAGCAGGCAGAGAUCAUGGACAUGAAGGAGGAGCUGAUGAAUGAUGCCAUUGAUGACGCCAUGGGGGAUGAGGAGGAUGAGGAGGAGAGUGACGCUGUCGUGUCCCAAGUGCUGGAUGAGCUGGGGCUGAACCUGACCGAUGAGCUGGCCACUCUGCCCCCCCCCGGUGGCUCUCUGUCGGUGGGGGAGGGGCGCUCUCCCGAAGCUGCUGCUAUUGCUGAUGCUGACGCUGACCUGGAGGAGCGGCUCAAGAACCUGCGGCGGGACUGACCCCUGACCUGUGACCCCUGACCCCGUGACGUGUGAUCGCUGACCGCGUGGCCGUGACCUUUGACCGCUGACCCUGCGAUCUCUGCUCCCUGACCGUGUGACAGCUGAACGCAUGACCUAUGACCUCUGACCACAUGGCCUGUUACAUCUGACCACAUGAUGUGUGACACGUGA